GAGUGAAAAUUCAAAUAAAAGUACUGUGAGAGACCUCUAGGUGUUAUCUGGCCUUCGUGGUUUCAAGCAGUUUCAAGCAUCAUGUUCAGAAAACCAGAGAAAAUACGAAAUCGUUUGUAAACCUUUGGUGAUGCUAAAAUGCGGUACAAAUAACAAUUAACAAUUGAAAUAACGGAUAAUAAAGGUGUAAACAGCCAGAGUACUGCCGGUUAAUAAAAUUCUAACCUACGUACGAGAAAGGUUGCUGAAAUGGCGGUGGGUACAACGAAAGUUGUCCAAGUGACAAAUAUCGCUCCCCAAGCGACUAAAGACCAAAUGCAAACUUUAUUUGGUUAUUUAGGGAAAAUUGAAGACAUACGACUGUAUCCAACAAUCCGGGAUGUUGCUGUUCCAGUUCAAUCACGAAUUUGCUACAUUAAAUUUCAUGACCAAGGGAGCGUUGCGGUGGCCCAGCAUAUGACCAACACUGUAUUCAUUGAUCGUGCACUCAUAGUUAUUCCUUAUCAAAAUGGAGAUAUUCCUGACGAGCAACGUGCUCUUGAGCUUACCAAUAAUGGUACUGUCGUUCCAGGUCUUUACCCUUCAGAACCAAAACUUCCAGCGAAUGUCGUCAAUUCAAUUGACGGAAUUCCUCCACACCAUACUAUCCUGACGAUAGACCCAAAGCUAGAUGCCCACGGACUACCAUCGUAUCCGCCUUUACCGGGCCAUCUCGACAGCCGACGUAUUGAAGAAAUACGAAGGACACUAAUUGUCGCUAAUUUAGAUACUUCAGUAUCAAGUGACCAAUUGCUUGAAUUUUUUAGCAAUAAUAAUAUAGAAAUAAAAUAUCUGCGACUGUGUACUCGAGACUCAGAUACUGAACAUUACGCGUUAAUUGAACUUAAUGAACAAACACAAGUUGUACCAACUCUUAUGCUUAAUGGUAAAAUGCUUGCCGACAAACCGAUUAAAUUAUAUCACUCGAUGCAGGCGAUAUCCAAGCCUGAAGCUAAGAGCAACGAGGCAGCCCAAAAAGAAAUCGAGGAGGCGAUGUCGAGAGUCAAGGAAGCGCACAAUCUUAUUUCAGCUGCUAUUGAUCCCAUGAUUGGUAUGCUGUCUAAGGACAAGCGAAGUCGCAGUGGAUCACGCAGCAGAAAAUCAAGAUCACGGUCACGAGGAAGGCGUCGCUCUAGGUCACGCAAACGUUCGCGUUCACGACACAGGAGAUCGCGGUCUCGGCAUCGACGGCGCUCACGAUCACGCUCCAAGCGCCGGUCACGCUCCAAGGAUCGGAAACGUAAGUCCCCGUCACGCAGACGCAGCACUUCACGCAGUAGAGUACGCUCAAGGUCCCGCUCCAGAAGGUCCCGGUCUAAGCGAUCACGAUCUAGGUCCAAGGAUCGAAAGAAAAAAUCUUCUCCUCGUCGACGAAGUCGCUCACGAUCACGCAGCAAAAGGUCCAAGUCCAAGUCCAGGCGUUCCAGGUCCAAGUCUAAAUCAAAGUCCUCUAAAUCCAAGUACUCGGAGAAGUCUCGUGAUAAGGACAGGGAUAAAGACAAGGAAAAAGAUCGCGAUAGAGAGAAAGACAGGGAUAGACGUAGUAAGGAUAAAUCAGAUGGCAAUGGAAAAAAAGACAGCGACAGGGAGAAAGAACGAGAUAGGGAUCGAGAUAGGGACAGAGACCGCGACAGGGAGAGGGAUAGGGAUAAAGAUCGCGAGAGGAGUGAAAAAAAAUCUAAAGACAAGAAAGCUGACAAAGAGUCUAAAGAGAGAUCUGAUGAUAAAUCCUCGUCACGAAGUGGCAGUAAAGAAAAAACAGAAUCCGAAAAUUGAAAUUAAAAUUAUUCAUAUAAUUUUUUUUUAUUUCUUUUUUUAAUUAAUGUGCAAAAUAUUUGAAUAAUUUUUUGACAUUACUUUCGUUUCCUUCUUGGAAGUGGUGGUUUUAAAUUUAAUUGGUCUGUUUGUUGAAUCGAUGGUCUGAAAAUACAUUUUUUUUGUUAAAUAUUUAUUUGAUAUUUAUAAAUUAUAGAUUGAUAUUAUUAUGGAUUAUCAAUAAGAAAAUAAUAAUACCCGGGUAAUGAUAAUGACUCUUGAUUAGCGUAAGUCACUUGUGUAGCAGUAUCGUCAUAUAUGUUUUCGACUUUUAUUGGCAUGGGAGAAAGGCGGACUAAUUUUUUUUGGACACGUUCAACUGUCGAGCGACGUUUCAGUUGAAGCAUCUACAAAAUAAUAAUAUUUCAAUUAAUAACGUAUAAAAGAAAAAAUAUAUUUUAUAAAUAUAAUAUUGUAAGUAAUUAUUAU